UGAUCAUAUUACGUAGGUAAGUAUCACUUUUAUUUUCUCAGCCCCUCCAACCCUUCCCCGAGUUUGAACCUUUUCAACCCAAAUUUAUAGUCAAUUCGCCAUAAUUCAAAAAUAAAAAUGCGUCAUCUACGUCACUUAGUAAUAUUCUAAUUAAGUAGGUAGAUGGGUAGUUAGGUAGGUAGGUAGGUAGAGGUCCGAUUUUCUUCUCGGGUUCGACGUUCGGUUACUUCAUACUUCAGUCUUGCACAAGCCAUUGCGCGUGUUAGUGAUGUUUUACUAAAAAAUUCAUAUUCAACUGGUUUCCGUGUGUUUAGACUGAUUCGCGUUGUAUAAAAAUGUUUUCGUUUUUAUUGAUUAUUGAAAUUUAUAACUUUUCAAAAGUUAUGCAGUUUUUUCAUAAAAAAAUAUCAUCAGAUACCUAAGUACCUACAUACCAAAGUUUUACAGUAAAAUAAAUCCUGUUUAUAUGUUACUCGUUACUCGUCGUGUUUCUGGAGUUCGUACCUAUCAAGAAGUGAUCAGAUUCGUAAUUAGGUGAAGCUAUGACAUCCAAUCCAUCAUACCCUCCGACUCCUUGUACUGUUGGCGGCCAUGAGUGUACAGCACCUGAUGUCCAUUGUGGAUUAUUUGAUGACCCUAAAUUUCCUGGCCAAUGCCUGUGUCAUGAAAGUGAUAAAGUGUACUAUAAUGGAAGCUGCAUAUCGCGCCCAACUGAACUUCCCGAAACAACUACUGACGGAAUUAAAUAUCAAUAUAUAUCCUCUCCCAAUGAAAUUCCAUAUCGAUACAUUACGUUCGCUGUCGUGGGUGGAGCGAUAAGUAUGGUUUUGGUGAUAUUUAUAAUUUGAAAAUUAUACAGAUUAUACAAAAAACACCGAGAAGAAGAACUUUUGGGAGAAACAGGAGCAAUUGACCUCGAAGCAGGUGUAGAUCAUACGGGAGAUAACGAAGGUGAUAGUGAACUCGAAGAUCUUAAAGCUUCGUGUCUGGAACGGAUCCCAUCUCUAGAGAAAGAAAAACUCACAGGACGUAUAGAAAUAGGGAAAGGGAAUUUUGGCGACGUGUACAGAGCGAAAUUGAUGAUUACAAACGGAAAUGAACAUUCGUAUUAUGAAACAGUCGCCGUGAAGAGUUUGAGAAGUAGGGCUACUGAGAAAGCUAAACGUGACAUUUGGAAAGAAGCGUAUAUUAUGAGCCAAUGUACGCACCCAAACAUUCUGAAAUUGCGGUAUAUUUGCCUUGGAGAAAAUGACGAACUCCCAGAAAUGGUUUUCGAGUACAUGAAUCUAAGAGAUUUACAUAAGCUCCUGCUAAACAGUUCUGGUAAAUUUCGGCCAAAACCAGGCGUGCCUAUUUUAUCGCAGGUUGAAUUUUUAAGAAUCGCAUCUCAAAUUGCUCGAGGUAUGGAAUAUUUAGCUAGCCAAAAAUAUGUACAUGGAGAUUUGGCGACUCGAAACUGUUUGGUGGGUGUUCCUCCAGCUAGCUCCACUUAUGUGGUGAAAAUAUGCGACUUUGGCCUUAGUAAAGACGUUUAUCUCAAUAAUUGUUACUGGAUAAAUCCUAAAGACGGAUGUAUGCCUAUUCCAUGGAUGCCCCCUGAAAGCAUCAAGAGUUUAACUUUUACGUUACAAUCUGAUGUAUGGGCAUUUGGCGUGACAUUGUGGGAAAUUGUCACGUUUGGGGAGCAGCCGUAUUCCAAGUACUCCACACGACGAAUCGAACUAUUGAUCCGGGCAAGAAUCCUCUUAAAAAUUCCAAAAAAAUGUCCUACAAAAGUGGCAGCUAUAAUGAUGGGCUGUUGGAGAAAAGAUCCGGAAAAAAGACUCGACUUUUCAGCAAUUUGCACACGUUUUUCAGAUCUGCUGGGAAAAGUUACUCCUGAAGAAGUUCCAGAAAAUAGUAACUACGCCUCGCCAUACCUAGGCAUGGCGACGAUUCCAACUACCUAA